AUGCCCAAAAAGCAGAAGCGAACAUUCAUCUUCAAGCCUUCCAGCACCCCGCACCAUUCUCUCGGGCCUUCCAGCGUCCGUCAGGAUGUUCAGACCCGCCGAGACACAGCUUUCGCGACCGAUUCGUCUGUCAAUGGCUUGAUCAGCCACCUGCGGCGCACCCAGGUCACUGGCGAGACGCCUCCCAAUUCGCGGUCUUUCGUGUCUCCUCGAUCUGUCCAUCCUUCGAUUCGCAAUGUCCUACAGAUUCCAGAGUCUCCGUCUCCUCAGCAACGCCGUACUGUCUUCGGCAGUCGUCCAGUCCGUCCAGUCCCCGGUCCCCCGCCGCCUCAAAGUUGGCUAUCUGGGGAAUCUGACGGCGCGCCCGCGCCGGCCCAAUACGAUACGUGGGAUGAUGGGCAGUGCUAUGGUAAGGUGAUAGAUCGCCUUGACAUGUUGCCUGGGGCUACCUUUCCUAGCGACCGCUCACUUAUGCAUACAAUCUUGGUGUCUAUGGCCAGCCGAUGGACCUGGCACCUAGAAUACGACGGUAUCUUCUUGGCUCAGCUCCCCACUCAUAUCAAGCAGCUCCUUCUGAGUUAUGUGGCAAUCUACUCACAUAAUUCGGAGCAGGGUGCUCGUAUGAAGGGACUAAAGCCACUUUUUCUGACCAAUGCCGAGACUCCUGGUGUUGAACAUGGGUCGACUGGAGCCCUUGACGACAACACCGCGGUAGAUGGGUCGGUCACUAGGCUGGACCUCAACCAUGCACUAGGCCGCUGGAUUACCUUGAAAGAACUUUCUCACGAGUUGUUUCUUAGCCCGAAACAAGCCGCCUCCGCAUCCAAGACUGAAUCCGAAGCUGUUCCGGCGUCCUGGGAUCAGGAGGAGGACUCCGAGCAUGAAGAUGACUCGGCUACACUAGCUCAUUCAUCCUCCGCCAGUACAAUCCCCAAAUCGAUUCGUCAUGGAUUGCGAUUCACAAACCUACGCUAUCUUUCUCUCGCCCGUCCAGAUCCACAAGCUGCAAACUGGAACACCUUGCUGCACCUCAUGUCACGCCUUCCAACCAUAACGCAUCUAUCACUAGCUCACUGGCCUCUCCCGACCCGCACUCCAAAUGCCACCAAGGCCACCAUAGUUAUGCCCGGCAAUCUCGAAUUAAGAUAUUCUUACCUUGGCGACACUACGCACGCCACGACAGAGAACUGCUGGGCCGAAGCUGCUGGUGUCCUUCGCCAACUAUCUCACUCUACAUACUGCCUGAAAUGGCUUGAUCUCGAAGGAUGCAAUGACUGGAUUCCCGCUCUUACCUGGACGGGCAACAAUCCAGACGGUGAUCCUUACCCGCCCGGCUCAAACGGACCAGCCUGGACAGGAGCAUGGAGGGAUGUUGAAUGGAUCAACCUAGGUCCGGGCUUCGAGUCUCCCAAGCAUGAAGAGUGGGUGAGCAGGGUAUCUAAGUCGGAGAGUCAACUCCGAGCGAGAUGGGAACACUCGCAGGAUGGGCCCCUUUUUGGGCUAGUUUCCUCAAUGCAUGCCUCUGAGCAGUCACCUCCUUCCGCGAAAGAGCUCUGGGAUCUGGAGCGUGUGCGGAUCACAAUGAGAUUCGACAAGAAAUGCAAGAUUUGGAGAAAUGCUGUUCUCGAGGGCCAGAGAGUGCUCCGGGAAAUCCAGGACCUGAGAGUGAAAGCCAAGGGCAAAUGGAUUGAAGGCUACAUCACCACAGAGGAUGUCAGCCGUGUCUUCUAA